AUGGCAUUUCGAAAAGCCUUUUUGCUAUUGAGUUUAUGUAUUAUUACAAGUCAUGGAGCACUUCGUUUUGCUAAUUAUUUCCAAGAUAAUAUGGUAUUACAACGAGCACCACAACGUGCUGUUGUCUGGGGUUAUGGUGAUACAAACGCUCUUACAACACUAUCGCUUAAUAAUAAAAUCUAUCAUACAAUAAGUCGUAGUGAACCAGCAAAUAAAUUAGGUGACAGUAUUUGGUCUGUUACUCUUGAUCCUGAAACUGAAGAAGGUCCUUUUGAAGUUAUUGUUACUCAACCUGUGGCUAAUGGCUCAGUAGUAUCAAUUGCAUUAAAUAAUGUUCUCUAUGGUGAUGUUUGGAUAUGUUCAGGACAAUCUAAUAUGCAAAUGGCUGUUAUUGAUUCAUUUAAUGCUGCAACAGAAAUUGCUAAUGCAGUGAACUAUCCAAAAGUACGAUUAUUUACAGCUUCAUUAAGAGAUUCAAGCACACCAACUGAAGAACUUCUUCAAAUAACACAAAAUUGGUCAGUAGGAGGACCAAGUAGUGUGGGAGGUCCAUCAUAUGCCUAUGCAUCAGCAACUUGUUGGUAUUUUGGUCGUAUGAUACAUACUGCUUUAAAUAAUAGACCAAUUGGACUUAUUGCUACAUCAUGGGGUGGAACAGCUAUUGAACUCUGGAUGCCACCACCAGCUUUAAGCGACUGUGGUGUUUUUAGACAAAAAAUUCCUCUUCAACCUUAUGGACAACCUAAUUUUGAAGAAAAAGUAUUAAGAAAUUCACAAUUGUAUAAUUCAAUGAUUCAUCCAUUUACAAGAAUGGUUAUUACAGGAGCUAUUUGGUAUCAAGGAGAAUCAAAUGCGUAUAGUAAUCGUGAUAAAUAUUCAUGUAUGCAAGCAAAAAUGAUUCAAUACUGGCGACAAAUAUGGAGUACACGUACAGGAGGUCUUACAGAUCCAAAUUUUCCUUUUGGAUUUGUUCAAUUAUCAACAGAUGAUAGAAGUGGUACGGUUGUUGGUGGUUUUCCAUGGAUUCGAUGGCAUCAAACUUUUGAUGUUGGUUAUGUACCAAACAGUGUUGUACCAAAUGUAUUUAUGGCUGCUGCAAUGGAUUUACGUGAUGAUGAUGGAGGUAUUCAUCCACGUACAAAAGAAGAUGUUGGUUAUCGUUUAUCUCGUGCUGGUCUUGCCGUUUGGUAUAAACAAAAUGUUGAAUUUUUAGGACCCAUUGUAUCAUCUGUUGUUGUAGCAAGUGAUAGUGCUACUAUUGAUAUUACUUAUUCCAAUGUAACUGCUAUUGAAUUACGUAAUACAGCUGGUUUUGAAGUUUGUUGUCAAGGUGCAUCAUGUUCAAAUGAUAAUUUAUGGGUAGCAGCACCAGCUUCAUCCAAAAAUAGUUUAAGUAUAACAUUAACAAUUCCAAGUUCAUGUAUUUCACAAACAAUCUAUGGCCUUCGUUAUCUAUGGCGUGAAACUCCAUGUCCAUUGAAACAAGCAGCUGUGUAUAGCAGCACAGAUUCAAAUUUACCAUCUCCACCUUAUAUUAAAAUAUUUUGA